CUUUAUUUUAGCUUUGAGUGUGCCCCCUCCCCGCUACUAAAACCAAGCGGGCGUAUACAUUUUAUGAACUAAGACAAAUAAAUGAACAUGGGCUGAGGGGGGUGGCUUCCAGAGUUUCCCACAGAAGCGCCUGCUUGGGAUAUUCCGCAUUUAGCAGCAGGCACCGGGGAGAUCCAGCAGCGGGAUCUGUACAGGUGCUCCGUCCCCCCUUCACAGCCUCCGUCCAGCGGGCGGCGGAUACGGAGCCGCGUCCUCCCGAAGCCUCUCGCGCCAGUCCUUGAGCACCAGCCCCGCUCGCUUGGGGAAGCUCCUCCGGGCCCGCCAGCCUUCCCAACGCAAGGAGGGCCCUCGGGCCGCCGCGACGCCCAACGGCUCAUCCCGCCCGCGCGCCGCUCCCAAUCAGCGCGCUCGAGCCUCGCUGAGGCGGAGUCGGGCUCGCGCGUGGCCCACAGCUGGGAGGGGAGGCGCGGGCGGCAUGAUCGGGACCGUGCUCUGUUACGUGCUGCUGCCCGUGGCGCGGCUCCUGCGGGCUUUCCGAGGUAACCCCCCCCUCCCCGCGCCGCCGUCCCUCCUUUUUUCCCGGCCUCCUCCUGUUUCCCUGCCCCCCACAAGCCUCCUCAGAAAGAAGAGGCGGCUUCUCACACGACGCGAGGGCUUCUGUCAGCCGAGGCCCAAAGCUGACAGGAAUCCCCGCUGCCCCUCCGCGCUUCUCCACCAGGCCUGGCCGGACGACGCUCAGUUGGCGGCCUGGAAGCCUCCCCUUCUCCCCGCCUCAGGGACCCCUUUUUGCGAAGUCCGCCCCCCCCUCGAAGGACGUGGUGGUGGUGGUUGUUGUUAACAGUUCUGCCCCUACAUUCACGGGGACGACAUUAUCUGUCGCCGGUGCUUUAUUUCAGUAUAAUAAAAUGCUUAACAUCAGUGGGGGGCUGUGUUAUUUUAAAACCAGAUGGCCACUUUCCUAUAUGGGCAACUGAGGGGCAGGCGGGGGGGGGGGGGAGCAGGACAGGCGUGCCAGUUGUGGGCGGAACCCGACGCAGAAGUGGGCGGGGCAAUGAAUGCAAAACAGUGCCUUUGUACCGUCGGCUGGUUUCUUCUACUCAUGCUGUUUCUCUAUCCCGCCGCAAACGGAACGAAAACGCACGCACGCUCAAAGGGGGUGUGUUUUAAGGUGUGCGUGUGUGCAUGCGCACGCGUCCGGGGGGGGGGGGGAAUAACCUGAAAGGCCAGACGGAGAAGACUGGGAAGCUGCGUUUGUCUCCCCCCGCCCCCCGGGUUUCCCUACCAAAUGUUGCUGUACGUAAAAUACAGUAAUUAUGGUUUGGCUGGAUGAUGGCAGUGGGGAAAGAGACUAAGGAGGCAGGUGGUUUGGAGCGAAGUGUGGGCGGGAGCGUAGGAAAAGUAGGCAAACGCGUGUAUUUGUGGUAAUCAUAAUAAAUGAAGCAUAUAGGCCUUUUGAACUGUUCAAAACACUUCAGAUUUGUGUUGUAAUCCUUUUAAGUUAGGUCGCUGUUACACUGAGCGUGAGUGAGAAUGCAUAGUUUCAGUUUUCUAAGUAGCCUAGCAGUACCUUGUCUCCUUGUAUGACUCUUUCUAAUAACCAGAGUGUUAGGGGCUAGAUAUGUGCCCAAUUUUCAUUUUCUAUGUGGCUUUGGAAGUACCUUUUUGAGGUAUGCUUUUAAUACAUUCUCUCCCCCUCCCCCUUUUGAAGGAGAAGGGUACAGAUGUCCCAUUUCAGAAUUUUCUAACAAUUCAAUUAUUUGAACGGUAAAUGCAUUAAUUUUCAGGGCUCCAGCACAUUGGAAAGUACUCUUAAGGCUUAGUCUUUCUCUGCGACCCCUGGCCUUAGUUUCUUGCAUAAUAAAGUUAUCAUCCUGCAUCACACUCUACCCAUCAUGAUGACAAAUAUUUUGCUACCAUGUAAUAUCAGGUGACUAAAAGACAAAUGUGAGGGAACAAGGAUUAGCAUGCUAACCCAGAGAAGAGGAUUCAUCUAAUAGCCAAGCUAGAUCCUAUGCAGGAGAUCUGUCUGGUUUGUUUGAUUGGGAUCAUGACUUUGGGGGAGAUUUUUAAACCUCUUCCCCUGCCCUGUUUUCUUGCUCCUUUCCAAUCUGAAACUACUGUUUCCUAAAUACAUAUACCAGCUAGAUAACAUAGCUAAAACCUUUACAUUCUGUACUACUUCAUUCUGUUCCAAUUCAUGAGGUAAUCCAAUAUCACUCGAUUAACUUUUAUAUCUGUUUUAACAAUGCCUCUGAUCUGGUAAGAAUAUUUUGGAAAUGAAUGGUUAUGUUAAUGGUUACUAAUAUUUGCACUCAAAUCAGUAAUAGAAAAUCAUUGAGAUUUUGAGAUCAGCCAAAGUGAUCAAGGAAGUCUUGAUAUUGCUAAACCCAAAUGUUCAAAAUCAUGAACCUGCAACAAUGUAGGACUGCUUUAGACAGUGACAUGGACUACUUUCCUGCCCACCUUCUCAGGAUUGGUAAAAGCAGGUGUACCCUACUGUGCCAACCUUUUGCUGAUCCUUCUGAAUUGUCCUCGUAUCAUAAACUGUUGAGUUCUAAUAAUUUUGUGGCACCUAAUUUUGCUACCCUUUGGAAACAUGUUGUUUUAAUUAGCAUCUGCUGUUGGCUUAUUUUGGCAGAUGCUUUCUUUACAUGUCGAAAGAACAUGCUUCUGGCGAAGAGCACGACCACCCAUAUAGACGGCCUAUCUGCUCCCAUCAGUGGGAAGCCUGUCUCAGAGGAGCAGCAAGCCCUGCUGCAGCAGUGGCUGGAGGAAGGUGCUGGAGAGGUCCAUGCCAGUGAGAGUGCUUCAAAACCAGAAAAGGUGCCCACGAUAUCAGAUGCUGAGUGGCUGGAAGGCCCAGAGCUAUUGAUGACAAGCUUAAGUGACCUGAAUGUAUCACCACAAUCUGGUGGCCAGGAGCAGCUGCCAAGUGAGGUCCAGAUUGAGACGUCUCCUGGACUACAGGAAUUUGUAGAAGUGACAGGAAGUUUACCCGCAGAAGAAAGGGAGGCCUUAGGGGACAAUGCUAUAUGGGCAGCAGUAAGGACACAGGCUGAUCCUCAGAUGGUUGAAGCUGCUCCUCUGUCUACAGAAGUGUGGAUUGAAGACCCUGCAGUGUUAGCCUGGAGUCCUGCCCAGGAGACAGAUGUGGGACCAACAGAAGGAGCAGUAUGGCCUUUUCAGAAUGCUGGUCAGUUUCAGCCACUUCCACUAGAGAUACCUUAUCAUGGUGAGUAUAAUGAAUGUAUUUCAUCUUCUGGUUUUGACUCUGCUUUCAUAGAGCAAAACUUUCCAAUAUAAUAUGACUGUAUGAUCUUUGCCAUGUGUGAGGCUGCAAAAGAGCUGAAUUAUCUUUCCGCAGACUCCUUCAAAGCUUUGCCUUGGAAGCAUAGUCCAUUGCUGAACUCCUUUCGUGUUUGGAUAUGUUAUUACUAGUUUAAUGUAGUAUGACCAAAAUUACAGCCCAAAAAGCAUAGGCAGAAGGUUUUGUGAACAGUUGCCAUCAGAAUUGCAUGGCAAAGUAGUGAAAGGAGAGUUAUUCAAGGUGUAUUGCUAUCUGUGAAACAGAUGACGUUUCAGAGUACAGUUGCAAGGAAAUGAAUCUAGUGCUUGUUUGAAACUUGUGAGCAUUGCAGAAUCUUUCUUCCUCAAUACAUUUAAGUCUGGAAGACUAGCUAUCUUAAUCUGUUGCUGUAAAAAUUCAUCUUGUGAAGUAGGCCUAUAAAAUACCACAAUCUGUUAAUCUUCAAGAUGCCACCAUUCUAACUUUGUUGCUUUUAAAUACAUUUAUCCAUUGGUCGCCUAUCCGUCUCUGCCAGUGGAGUACUUUUACAAUCUGAAUAAUAUUUCUGAACGAUCAUAUCAUAGUUCAAAUUCUUCAAGCAAUUGGUGAAUGAUUAAUCCAUUUCCCACAUAGCAGAGGUAACUUAGGGCCAAACUGUAAAGAUAGUAAAUGUGUCUUUGCAUUUAACAAGCACCUUUUAAAAUAAGUAGUAGCUUCUAAAAGAUUGUAAUUAUGAGGAUCACAGCUAGAGAGGAUUUAACUCUUUCAUCCCCUGCUUUGGUCCUGGUAAAAAUCACUUCUAAUUGCAUUGUGGGGGAGGCAGAAUGGUGCCAUUUGUAGUUUUUAAAACCAUUCAUAUUAAAUGUAAGGGUGCAUUUAACAUCACAUCUGAUUUGGUCCAUAGGGUCAAACUAUUUGUGAUGCUGGAGAUCUGUGAUCAGGAGAUUUAAAAGAGAUUUAAAUUAAAAGCCCCUGUUUGAACUUUUGGAAUGGAUUGGGGUUCUGGAAGGGGGUUUAAGCCUUUUCCCUCAUGCAGUUUCCUCUGCCUAUUCCCUCAUCCCCCACUCCCAUAUUUCUAACAUUUAUUUUCCUUUCUUUGUCAUUACGCAGAAAUUCUGUGGAGGGACUGGGAAGAUCUUUCUGCUCAGGCUUGCAUCCCAGAGUUGAGCUCAGAGGCUGGGUCUUUAUUUGAAUUCAGAGUCAUGUCGUAUAACAUUCUGGCCCAGGACCUGAUAGAACAGAGCCCUCAUCUUUAUAUGCAUUGCCAUCCAGACAUUAUGAACUGGAGCUAUCGCUUUACAAAUCUCUUACAGGAGAUCCAGCACUGGGAUCCUGAAGUGAGUGUAACAUUUGCAUUAGGCACUAUAUUAGUUAGAGAGGAGAGGGAAAUCCUAAGUACCGUAUUUUUCGCUCUAUAACACGCACAUAGUUUUUAGAGGAGGAAAACAAGAAAAAAAAUAUUCUAAACGAAACAGUAGAUGUAUGAUUUUUGUGGUUCAUGCUGUGGCCACAGACAUGUGAUCUGACGGUGAGUUUGGGGUAGCCCAAUGCAAAAAUCCUGAGGAUCCAUGUGGAUCCAUGCUUUGUAACCACGUUUUUGCACCACUGCGGCCCCAGGCAACAGUGGGUGCGUGAUUUUUUUGGUGCAAGCUGUAGCCAUGGACAUGCUAUGUGAUCUGAUGGUGAAUUUGGGGUGACCCAGUGCAAAAAUCUUGAGGAUCCAUGUGGAUCUGUGCUUUGUAACCACGUUUUAAGUGGGGAGGGAAGGAAAAGCACUCAAGGGACAAGGAACACGCAUGGGGUGGGUGGAGAAGGAUGCUGUUAAUAAUGCAGAAGAGGGGUAUAAGAGGAGAAGGCUCCUCUCCUCUCCCGCUUUGCUCCUUUAAAGCAAGCAGGCUCUGCUUCUCUCCCUCCUCCCCAGCUUGCUGAAAAACUUUGCUGCUAUUUAACCAGCUGAGUGAGGAGAAGAGAGGGACAGAGAGCCUGCUUGCUUUAAAGGAGCCAACCGGACAGGAGCUGCUUACACCCGCUUUGCUCCUUUAAAGCUAGCAGGCUCUCUGUCCCUCUCCUCCCCCCCACUCAGCGGCUCUUCUCCCGCUUUGCUGUUUCAAAGCGAGCCACGGAGGAGGGAAGGAAGGGGAACCAUGGAUCCUCUGCUCACGACUGCAGCAGAUCCCCCCGCCAUCCGUAGGAAUUCGCUCCAUAACACGCACAGACAUUUCCCCUUACUUUCUAGGAGGAAAAAAGUGAGUGUUAUGGUGCAAAAAAUACGGUAUUUUGCUCUUAGCUAGUGUCUGAUAAUAUGGCCCCCAGAGUCCUCACUUGCAGCAACUGGAAUUUGGGUCCUUCUCGCACAUAGCUCACGUGACUGUAAACCUGUCUUUUAGUAUGGAUUAUCUGUAGAUUCCUAUCAAGGGUCACUGAGAACUUUCUGGCUUUAGGUAGCACUAUUCAGUGGCUGUGACUCUGUAAGCACUUUCACUUUCAGUCUCCCACUCCUUGAACUCUUUGCACCUCCUCUCCUUAUUUUAAGUAGUUUUUUGAAUAUGUAAUUGCUUGUAGUCCCAAAGGAUGCUGUAUUUUCCCACUCUGUAGUAGGGGAAAUAGGUAUAGGGAAGAUAUUCAGUCAGAACUAGUUAUAGUGAGGGAACUUAAUCUGUUGUGCUGCCUUGGGAGAGCUGCUGCUAAGUAUGUUCUCUGUUGCUUUCCAGAUUCUUUGUCUCCAAGAAGUUCAGGAGAAUCACUAUUGGGAACAGCUGGAACCAACACUUACGAUGAUGGGUAGUUUUUGAGAUGGAGACUAGCUCAAGAAUACUCCUAUGGAUUCCUCCAAGCACUGCUUUUUCUACACAGUUUUAGUGGCCACAAUUUUUCUGGGAUGAUUUGCUUUACCCCCUGAGUUUGAUAGAAGGAAUGGUUGUGGGGAAGUUGGAGCUUCUCUGCUAUCUUUAAUGUCACACUAGGAUAUCAUCAUUUAGUAAGAGGCUUGGUCUGUCUCUCCCAUGAUUUUCGGAGUGGGGUUUUAGCCUAAUGCUGGGGAUUAAAGUCAACAUUCCUUUUAAAAUAAAAAAUGAGAAGCAGCCAUGGGAGGCUGCAGUUAGGAACAGGAGGUUGAUGCAGGAGGAGCUGCUUAACUUCUCUCCCUCCUGCUGUCUUCUCACUCAAAAUCCUGCUCCUACCUGCAAGCUGCUUUUCCUGUGAGUCAGGAUAUGGAUCCCAGCAACCCUUCUCCCCACUAGUGGAAAAGCAAGUUGGGGAAACUGACUUUGAGCAGGGAAACAUCCAGGCGCAAAAAGGAUUAAGAAGUCUUUGACAUUCCUUUGCUCAAACUUGGGAGCUCCUGUAGCAUCUCAUCAGUUUAACAAGGAAAAAUUGUAUCAGGAGACAGUUGUACGCAUCUCCUCUAUAACCUCUAGUUGAGCUUUGUGAAUAAAAUCAUGCCAGGUUUAGAACCGUCUGACUUUUAGGUUGGCCCUUUUUUGUACCAGAGUAGGGAACCUUCACCCCAGACAUGGUUCCCUGCCUUCCUGAAUCUGCUCCAACUCUUGCGACAGUUGGAUGUGUUUGGCUUGGCAUGGUUUCACAAGAGGAACAGGAGGAACAUUUGUUGGCUGGACACUGUAAAAACAGAAGUGUAAGAUCUCGAUAUAAUUUAAUCUUGCCUACAGAGACUUGCAGCCUAAUCCUAUGCAGAUUUACUUAUAGUUCAGUGAGGCUUAUUCCCAUGUAUGUGUUACAGAGUUGCAGCCUUAAGUUCUUGGUUGUUUAAAUUGAUCUGAUGAAGCCUUUUGUUGUUUGGCUAGGCUUCGCCUGCAUCUACAAGCGGAGGACAGGCAGGAAGACAGAUGGUUGUGCAAUCUGCUACAAGCAAAGCAAAUUUCAGUUGAUAAGUGCUAGUCCUGUUGAAUACUUUCGGCCUGGCUUGGACAUCCUUAACAGGGACAAUGUGGGUCUGGUAUUACUGCUACAACCUUUACUCCCAGAGAACUUGGGAGACAAAUCAAUCAGCCCUUUGUGUGUGGCAAACACUCAUGUGUUGUAUAAUCCCCGUCGGGGCGAUAUCAAACUGGCUCAGAUGGCUCUGCUCCUAGCCGAGGUAGACAAGACUGCAAAAAUGGCUGAUGGCAAUUACUGCCCUAUUAUCUUAUGUGGGGACCUGAACUCUGUGCCUGACUCACCGCUAUACAAGUUCAUUCGGAAUGGCCAGUUGUACUACCAUGGAAUGCCAGCCUGGAAGGUAAGCAGAGAAAGGGGAUAGAUGGCAACAUCUCUUGACUCAACUUAAAAUGUAUCGUGGCGUUCCUCUGUAGACUUAGCAGCUUCUGAGAUUUUCUACCAUUGUACCACCUUUUCUGUGGCUUUGGUCAGUUCACUAAAAGAAAUUGAAUGAGUUAAUUUCUCUUGUGAUAAAAAGGCCAUUAUUGUAUUUGGGUCAUAGGUGCUACAGGAAGAAGUCCAUGCUAGAAUCUAUGUAAACUUAGGCUAUCUGCAUGACAGCUGCCUGCAUCGCUGCUUUAGUCAAGGUAAAGGUAAAAGGACCCCUGACCAUUAGGUUCAGUCGUGGCCGACUCCGGGGUUGCGGCGCUCAUCUCGCUUCAUUGACUGAGGGAGCUGGCGUACAGCUUCCGGGUCAUGUGGCCAGCAUGACUAAGCCGCUUCUAGCAAACCAGAGCAGCACAUGGAAACGCCGUUUGCCUUCCCGCUGGAGCGGUACCUAUUUAUCUACUUGCACUUUUAUGUGCUUUCGAGCUGCUAGGUUGGCAGGAGCAGGGACCGAGAACGGGGAUUCGAACCGCUGACCUUCUGAUCGGCAAGUCCUAGGCUCUGUGGUUUAACCCACAGUGCCACCCGCUUCCCGCUGUUUAGUAUAUUAGCACAAAACAUGAAGCUGGGGCGGUGGACAAAGCAGACACAGAAAUAGGAAGUUAUUGAGAACAAAACUUUUCUACGUUAAAUUAAAUGUUCAAACAGAUAUUAUGAUGCAUUCAAUUUAGAACAGAUAGAAACUAUUUCCCCUCAUUCUAGCUGCCCCCAAUGUAUUCUAUUUUUUUCAUUUGAAAAUAAUAAACUUUAUGAAAAGCAGAAAGUCAAUAAACUGAAGCUACCAGCAUGUGUGGGCUGCUAGAUGAGGGUGUGCAUUGGAUGCACAUUGAAAACUCAUGCAUAUAACAGUUUAAAAUUACUGGAUUCUAAACCUUUUUCUCUCCUUGAGACAAUCACAUGUUUUCUGUUGAACCCCCAUCUGCUAUAGGCUAGAUUUCUAACAUUCUUGAUUACCCGGGAAUAUUCUAGACUGGGUGCUUCCAAACAGAGGCAUAGUAUUAUAAAAGGGUCCUUAGCAACAGGCUUCCUUUUGCUGUAUUAUUUUUGGAAAGCGUAACUUCAGAUUAAAUUGGGGUGGUGGGAGAUACAUGCUGGCAUUCUGAUGACAGCAGCACUGUACGGGUGCUUCAAAAACUUGCAUGCAACAGCACCUUUGAUCCCAUAAUACACACCCUUCAUUGGGUUUUCUUUCUUUUGACUAAGUGACUAAUUCCUUUGCUUGUAAAUUCCUAGCGUAGUCACAAAACUGUAGAUGUAAGUGCCAGUUUUUAAGCUUGUGUGUGUGGCUGCACCUACUAUAAAUUUUGCUGUAUUUGAGAAGAUUGUGUGUUUCAAAACACUUUGGCGUGUGCUUGUGUUCUGCCCCUGUAGGUGUCUGGACAGGAAGACUUCUGUCAGAACCCACACCAGCGGAAACUGCUGACUCCCCUGUGGCCCAGCUCUCUGGGGAUUACGGACAGCUGCCAGUAUGUCAGUCUGUGCCAAAGCAAGAAGUCAGGUGAGCUUCAUGGUGGAAAUGAGGACAAGUGUUGCAGAGACUUGUUCUAUGCCAUUAAUGUACUGUCUGAAAGUUGCUAGUUUUUUACACUCUAAAACCAUCAGACUGUCUAAGAGCCUAAACAUGUUUAUUCAUAAAAGUGUGUAUUCCCGUCAUCCAUAAUUGUGGGUUAGGGUCCCCCUCCUUCGCUUUAACCAGCAUUUGAGUUUUGAAAUUGCAUUUUGAUGGUUGUAUGGGAGCAGUGUGGACUUGUACCUCCACCUCAUGCAAAUAACAACACUAGGUUGUGUGAAAAUAAUCAAAAUCAACUUAAAUGCUUUGUUUUAUUUCCCUCCUUUGAUCUGCAUUUCUCCCUGUAGACAGGCGCAAAUACAGCCGUGACUUCCUGCUUCAGUUCCGUUAUUGUGAUGUUGCAUGUGAGCGACCUGCAGAUCUGAUCCUGUUGGAAGGUGUGACGGAUGCCACGCCAGGUAUCCAAAAUUUCCCACCGCUUCAUUCUGCAACUAUGAUAAACCUAGUUGGAACAGAACUUUUAAUACUGAAUGGUUUGGACUCACUAGCAGGGUUUGAGUAAACACUUACAAUUAAGAAAACAAGUAUAAAGGUCAAGAUGCAAUAAUGGGGAAAUAACAAAGGGUAAGAUUUAAUGUGAAAAUAUGGUACAAAAAUUAUAAGAUUAUAACAAUAUUUAAUUAGUAGAUUAUAUAAUUAUAAAAUUAAAGUAGGAAAAAACAGGCAGGAGAAGUAAAUAAUUAAUGAACCAGAAGAGGAAGUUGAGAGAUGAUGGAUUUUAUGGAGCUAGCCGAUCUAACCGGAAGAGUCUGCGACCAGAAGGAGGAGGAACACCACGAAGAAUGGAAGAAAUUCAAUGAUUAUUUAGCUAAAUUUGUUAAACUAAAAUAACGGGAAAUAGCGUCCAGAUACUUAAUGGGCUUAGGAUUGUAUUUAUGUUAACUGUUAAAAUAAUAUGUUUAAUACAAGAAGGAGAAGAUUUAAGAAUGUUAAUGUUUAAUUUAAAGGGUAUUAAAAUUGGGAUUUGGAAAACCGUUAUAAGGAUAUGCAAUGAAAUUCAACUAAGGGGAAACGAGGAAGUCAUCCUACAAAGUAAAUAACUGUUAUUUUCAAUAAGGUUAUGAUUUAUGUUUGUUAUGUUUUGUUUGUCUCACGUUUUUGUUUGUCAUUGAUAUUGUAAAAACCAAUAAAAAUUUUGGGGGAAAAAAAGAAGAGGAAGUUGAGGGAAGUCACGGGAGGUGGGGUGGGGGAGGUAGAGAUUUAUACAUUCUUUUUGUGAUAAUACUGAUUGUGUUGAAUAUAAAAUUGUAAAACUUGAUACAAAUUAUUUUUUUAAAAUAAUAAUAAUACUGAAUGGUUUGAGGCACUGCUGAACAUGGGUGUAGCCAAGAUUUUUGUUAGUGGGGCAGGCCUUUUAUAAGGGGGUCAGAACCUCAGUUUGCUAUGUAUUUUUAUUGAAUUUUAUUGAUUGGGUGGGGGCAGCUGCCCCCCCCCUUGGCUAUGCCCAUGCUGCUGAAGGUGUUCAUUGGUGGGCUGAAGCAUGGCCACAUGCUUUUGAGGACUUUGUAGCAAACCUUGCAUUCCAAAAAGAGUGUCAAAUUUGGAAUUUUGAUUACAUUUCCCCCACUCUUUGAAAUCUGCCUCAUGCAAUCUCCUGAUUAAAAGAUAUUUGUUGAUUAUUCUCGCCUUUUGCAGUUUGGUAAUGAUAGUCCAUUAUGUGCCAACAGCAAGUUAAGUCCAAGGAUCACAAAACAUAAGCAUCGAGGCUUGUGUUUUUCAAAUAGCAAUCAGCCUUCCAUGCCAUGUGGCAAAUUUACUUUUGAAAUUUAGGACUGUUACAAAGGCAGCUUGUGUAUGUCAUGCAGGUUUGCUGUUUUACGAAAAUGUCUACAAUUACUCUUGGGCAUUCCUAAAGUGGUUCUUUCAAUCCUGGGCAAAAUCUAUUACUUGAAAGAGCAGCACCUUUACUCAUCACCUGAGCCUUGUCUUGGUUUUUUAUUGUUCCUGUUUGCGUAUGACCUGCUUAACCCAGUUCUGGAGGUGAGAAAGCAGGAGGGGCCCAUUUCUAACUGUGGUAGAUGUUCUCACCUCCUAAUCUCUUUAUGCACCAAUAUAUUUCAUUGAAUGCUGAAACCUUUACCUGUUCCCCACCCUCUCCCAUUUUGCCACUUGGUCUUGACAAUGUCAGUUGUUGAAGCAGCAAUUUGGAUGGGGUUACUAAUUGUGAGUUUAACCCCAAAAUUGUAUGUUCAGUGGUGUAUCUGAUCUGAAUUUUCUUUGGUGCAUUGCAGACCGUCCUGCACAUUGGCCUAAGGAGCUCACUGUAAUGAACAACUCUGACCCAGAUCUGUGUUACUCAAGGUAACUUGAAGGGAAAGGGUGUUGGGUCCCAUGAAUGAGACAGUUCCAUAGCCAGGAUUGUUAUCUUGAGAGCAUGGUGAAGUCACCUUUGGUUGAAGAGGAUUGUAUGAUCCCUGUCACAAAGCCUAUGUUAGAGUCAAGGUUUUCUCCAAGAAAAGGGGGCUGUGUUUGCAAGAGCAAGUUAAUCUUCAUACUGCAGUUACUCUCUGGGUCACAGGAGGGAGUUUUUCUUUUCAUUUGUUACAAUGAAAUAAAUUGAAACCAACCAUGAGUGGGCCAAGUGAGAAUUUCUCUUGAAACUCAAAUUGAGGUACAAUGGUACCUUGGGUUAAGAACUUAAUUCGUUCCGGAGGUCCGUUCUUAACCUGAAACUGUUCUUAACCUGAAGCACCACUUUAGCUAAUGGGGCCUCCUCCUGCCGCUGCGCUGCCGCUGCACGAUUUCUGUUCUCAUCCUGAAGCAAAGUUCUUAACCCGAGGUAGUAUUUCUGGGUUUGCAGAGUCUGUAACCUGAAGUGUAUGUAACCUGAAACGUAUGUAACCUGAGGUACCACUGUAUAAGAUUAGAGAUAUGCCAGGAUAGUGCAACGGUUAUAAAGGCUACACUAGCUUGGUCCCACCUUAGCAAGAUUUAGGGGUCUGAGCAGACUCCCCUUGAAAAUAGUCAUUUAUCAAAUAGCGUGUUGUAAUCAAAUUUAAGGGAGUUUCCCCAGGAUCAGACAGUAAUAGCAAAGCAAAUGUCUGUGGAAGGCAGAGUUGAGUAGUUGAAUAGUAGUACUUUUAAAGUGUGCUUUUCUUGCAUUAAUUGCGUUUCUUCUCCUCUUCCCCAUGUUUUGGGGAUGAGGAGCUGUUUUUCCUUUACAGGUAUCCAGGCAGUAUCCAGCAUGGCCUCAACCUGACUUCUGCCUACAGCCACUUCCUGCCUGAGAGAGGUUGCCCUGAGAUUACAACCAUGCCAAUGGGUGUGGGGGCCACAGUUGAUUACAUCUUCUAUUCAGCAAAGCCUGUCAAGAGUGAUAAUGAAGAAUGUGAGUGUUACAGAACUUGAAUCUCCUGUAUGGCUAAACUUUGUGUAUUUCAUCAGAGCUUUUGUGAUGGACUGCCUGUCUAUCUCAGCCUCAGCCCUUCAGUGAGCCACUGAGGAUGGCAGCUUAUGUCAUCAUAAAAUGCAUAACUCCCCCUGUUUUUCAUCUGGCUAUUACUCUGCAGUGAGUUGCAGUGGUGAUCAUGUAAGUGCUUUGCUUCUUACAGCUGUUCCUUUAAUUGUGAUCGGAACAGGCUAGAGUGCUGACUUCCUGUUGUUUUGCCAUAAGUUCUUCCUUCUUAUUGUACUUUAGCUCUGACCUAUGCCCCUUGCCUCCCACAAACGCUUCUUCAGCAGGAUCUAUGCUCACAUCUCUGAUCUGGCUCCUGAAGGCUCUCAAGAAAAGUAUCCUAAUGUCAGUGUCCAGUGCUGUCCACAAUUUGUCACAGGGAGAUACUGUACUGAACAUCUACAUUGUGUUGUCCCCCCACUUUAAUUUGAGGUCUCAAGCCUGAGAAAGUCAUUUGAGAGGGUAAAACCUGAAAUGAAGUUUAUACUUACCAAGCUAGUGAUCACUUGCGUGAUGACUGCAAAAUGUAUUGGCAACAUGUUCUCUCACUGGUAGAGCAUGUGCUUUAAAAUGCAGAAGGUCUCAGGUACAAUCCCUGGAAUCUCCAGGUAGGGCUGGGAGAGACCUGUCUAUGGAAAGUCCCUGCCGGUGAGUGUAGACAUUACUGAGGCCGACAAUUGGUAUAAGGCAGCUUCAAAAUUGCCAUUUUCCUGUUUCCCUGGUUCAUAUUUUAUUGAAUGCUGGAAGAUUUGGGAAUAUGAGCUGAAUACACAUCUAGGAUAUUGCAGUCAGGGAGGGAUGGUAGUAGAAUUAGAAAACUAAUUGGUUAUAAUUUUGAGAGGCUGUAUAAGUGUGUCUGGGUUAGUGCAUUAUUUAGUUAUUGAAAACAGUGUUGUUGUUUCGUGUGUGUGUGCGUGCGUGUGUGUGCCCAUGACAGUUGCUAAUAUCAGUAUUUUUACUUUUUGACACUUUCAUUGCAGUCUUUCUGUGGCUGAGCUUAUGCUUCCGCCACUCCACAUAGGGAAUGAGUGUGCAUGCUCUGUGCUCCUCUUAUUGCAACUGUGAUUCAUUUUCAGGUCGCAGGAUGUACCAAGAUGGAGCCCUAAAGCUGCUUGGCCACCUCUCCCUCCUCUCUGAAGACAUCCUUUGGUCAGCAAAUGGCUUGCCAAACCCUUUCUGUUCAUCUGAUCAUCUUUGUCUGCUGGCCAGCUUUGGCCUACAGAUCUCUGACUUCUGAUCAUGUGCCAGAUCUCUAGGACUCUCGCAAGAGUUGGUCUGAAUGGGAAAAAUCAUGCCGUUGAAGUUUACAUUAGCUAUCUUAAAAAAAAAAAGCAAAAGCUAUUUAUCUUCCCCACCCUCACCCCUCCCCUUUUUGAGAUGUCCUUGUUCGUUUCUCCCACACUUCUUUUUUCAUGAGGAAAUAACCUGAGUUCACCCAGAAUGCUACAGUGCUUCACUGCCAGUUUAUGGCUGCUGCACCAGCUUUUUUUUCUCUUUUAACAAAGUGUAUCCCGCCAGCAAAUUAGCAGAUUUCUGUCAGCCUGGCAAGUUUGCUUAGCCACCAUUGCUUAGAAGUCAGCAGAGCAUGUCUUUGUGCACCACAAAGACCUUAGCAGGACUAGAGAUGAUUUGAGCCUGAGUCUAAUCUGGGCGUCAUUCUUUUUUCUUUUCAUCACAAGCAGCAGUUGGCCCAUACAUUACUGUUUCUGUUGCACCUAGACCAGAAUCCUGAUGAUGAUUUUUGCAAGUGUGCAAAACAUAGGGCUUUUUUGAGGUGCUAGUACUGCUCAUAACCUCCAAAGGUGGGUGCUUAUUGACUGAAAUGUUGUUUCUCUUAUCUGCUUGGAAGUAGCAUCAAAUCAACCCGUGUCAACUAACUGUACCCUGUGGAGGUCACCUUGCCAAAAUUCAGCUCUCCUGCAUGAACGUUUGGAAGCCGCCUGCUCAUACUGUAACAGACUUUUAUCUUUGCUCUAAGAGCCCGCUUGGAUUUUAUGCUCAGGUUCUUGAGAAGGCUGUUUUCUCUCUCCCAUCAACUUGUGACAUUUUUGUUGCCUCUGGUGGCACUUCAGGGAAGAAAAAGACGGACUAAAAGUGGCAAAAACCCAAAUGAGUGCUGCUUUGUUCUUUGUUACAGCUUGUAAGCCAUAGUACUGGGUACCUCAACUGGUCCUGGCAGUUGCUGCUCAUUUUUUCCUUUAUCACCAAUGAAUUGUGACAGGAGCAUGCGGCUGCAGAGUUAAGGCCAGCCUCUAAAUAACCCACAUCCUUUCCUUGAUACAUGGAAUCCACAGGAUCAACUUCAGCUUUGUGUGGGCCAUGGCACAACUUUAUUUUGUGGGGGGAGGGAACGCAUUCGGAGUUGUCAGUAUUUUUAAUGUUUUCUUAAAAUUUGAAAAAAUAAAAUUUUAUAAUUUCAGAAAAGUUGUAAAUUCAGUUGGUUGGAACGGCGUGGGUGAAACUGAGCAGGAUGCUUUGUGAGAGCACUUUGUGUGUAGCCCUCUGGUGAACAAGGUGGGAACUGCUGCUGAAGAUGCACCCUGCUGUGUGGUGCUUGCAAAUCCUGAAAUCCAGUAUAAUAUUAUGCACACUGAGCCUCUCUGGAGUGAUUACCUGAGUAUAACAGCUCUUAGGAGCUUUCUGUAGAAUUUGGCCAAUAGGGCUUUUCAUUUUAUAGAAAUGCAUCUUUCUAGCUCUUACAGAUAUGAAAGUAGGCUUGGAAGUGUGUGGACACUGGGCCAUGGCUUGUUGAAUGCUCAGUAAUAAUAACAGUAAUAAUAAUAAAUAAUAAUUUAUUUAUACCCUACCCAUCUGGCUGGGUUUCCCCAGCCACUCUGGGUGACUUCCAACAAAAUAUUAAAAAUACAUGAAAACAUCAAACAUUAAAAACUUCCCUAAACAGGGUUGCCUUCAGAUGUCUUCUAAAAGUCAGAUAGUUGUUUAUUUCCUUGACAUCUGAUGGGAGGGUAUUCCAAAGGGCGGGCACCACUACUGAGAAGGCCCUCUGCCUCAGGUGUCAGAAUGGAGUGUGAAAGGCCUAGUAAGACUUCAAGGGUGGGGAGAGGGGUAUUCAGCACAGUGUGUCACUCCCUUGUUGCUCUCCUCUCUUGCACAAUUUUCCAGAAGCAAAAUUAAGCAAGUGCAAACAAAGUUGCUUAAUCUAUACAAGUUGCAGAGUUUGGGUUACACUGGGUUAAGGUUUCAUUGGGAUGCGGUGUGGGUUAAGUAUACACAUACAGCCCUAGAUAUGAGUAUGAGUAUGAGUAUACUCACCUUAAAGGCAGAAGAGACUUGGUCUGCAAUCCUGUGUCCGCUUACAUGGAAGUAACUUCUAGUGAACUUUCUGGGAUUUCUGUGAGAAGGGGCACAGGUUGCCCCAUUUUUUUACCCCAGAUGGAGAAAAGUUCUGCCUUCAUUUAUUUAAUCUUCCUGCAAAUAAGUGGUGGUGGUCGUUUUUAGGAAUGCAUGGUGAAAGGCUUCCUGAAGGGGAGGGUGGGUAAAGAAUGAGGAAACUUCUUGGACAUAGAAGUGACUACUUAAUUGCAGUGCAAAGAGCCAGAAACUUAGAGCGAUGCUUAUUAAGUUCCAAAGGUGGGAAUGUUAAGAUGGCAAGUUUCCAUGUUACGUGAGACAUAUUGAGUGGCUGUCAAAUGUAUUAUUUUGUUUCCUUUCCCUAAUCCAUAAAGGCUCCAUGUACCUCUUUGAUUAGAAUACGUGUCAUUGCCAAAGCUUAUUUGGCUGUUGGCUUGCAUGGGAGGGCAAGCAGCCACAUCAUCACACCAGAAAGUUAGCAGCAGCAACGAAAAGCUGAGUCUUCACUUUACUGGAAAGAACCCUACUUCAUGGCAACUUUGGGAAAUGACCAGGGCCUCUGGCAUUACAUUGUACAGCUCAUCAUAGCUUUACUCUUCUAGAUUCUGGAAUAAUGAGUAUUAACUGCACCCAGCAAUGAUGAUUACAGAAAUAAAGAAAAUUCCUUUGAC